CUCCAAUUAAGAUUUUACUUCUCAUUGAGGGUCGGGCCUAAGAACGGUCCCACUGUUUCAUCUAUAUAAGAUGAACAUAUACUAACAUGAAAUUGCCAAGCAAGUCCAAAGUUGGUUUCUUCAUAAAAACUCAAAGGGUUAAUCCAAUGGAAGCAAUAUGUGAAAAUGGAGGAUUCAUACCUAUUAGCAAAUCAGAGCCCAUCUUUGUUCAACCCGAAACAAGCUUAAACACCAAUCAAGGGUUCUAUUUUCUGUCCAACCUCGAUCAGAACAUCGCGGUGAUAAUCCAAACAGUGUAUUGUUUCAAACCAGAUGAGAAUAAGAGCAGUGACAAUGUCGGUGACGUGAUUAAACGGGCCCUGGCUAAAAUUUUAGUCCAUUUUUACCCCCUCACGGGGAAUUUGAGGGUCAGCUCGGAUGGUAAGCUCAUCGUGGAGUGCACGAAUCGUGGCGUGCCAUUUGUCGAAGCUGAGGCAGAUUGUAACAUGGAUGUGCUUGGAGAUAUAACUGUUCCUGAUCCGGGGAUGUUGGGAAAGCUGGUUUACACUGUUCCUGGAGCCAAACACAUUUUGGAAAUGCCUCUGCUUACUGCACAGGUAACAAAAUCAUGCAUGUUUUAUGUUUUGGAAAAAUGUUAAAUACAAAUUUCUUAUCAGAUUUUUUUAUCAGUAAAUAAAAAGUAAUGAGUUCAAUGUGUAUUUAUUAAUGAGUUUCACCAUCUUUGUAUUUAGUGAUGAAAAAAUCAGAUAAGAAAUUUGUUUAUAUAUAAUUUUUCUCAAAUACUUAUGCUACACGUAAACUUUUUGGAGCAAUACUAUACAUAAUUUUCUUUUUAUUUUUAUUUUUUUGCUUCUAGACACAAAAUAAUAGGGUCGCAUCAACAAAUGUAUUCAGUCUCAUAUUUAGAAGUGAGAAAAAGAUAUAAAAAACAUGAUUAUAUGGAGCAUUUUAUGAUGUCACUAUUAAAAAAGAUAAUGUCGCGCGUAUUCUAUCACAAUAUAUGUAAUGGGCAGAACUUAUUUCAAAUUUAUAUAUGAACAUGAGAGAACUAUUUGAACGCGUGAGAUCCACCAGAUAUCUCGUUUCAAUGAUUUGAACAAUUCAUUUUGUGAGGCUUUUCGUGGAUAUCAUUAAAGAAAAAUAUUAGGUCAAUUUGGAAAUUGUAACAUUUUUAUUUUGUCAUGUUUGUUUUUGAAAAAA